AUGGCGGUACAUGCCUCAGCAGCGUCCCCGGCGGACCUCGCUUCGACGAUGCCAGACUCAAUCGACUCUGACCCGGCCCCGCUGAGCGCCUCGACAUCGAAUCGCCAUAGUGCACUGUCCCGGCCACUGUCAUAUGCGUCCAAGAACAGGUUGUCACAGUACUCUGUCACCGGAUCGCUGCCCCCCCGAUCGCGACCUCAAUCUCACGUGUUCCCCAUGUUCCCCUCGAGUCUGGCCUACACGCAGGUGCGCGACUUCGCAUAUCCCAUCAUGCAUCCCAUGCACUACGGGCCGCCACCCGAGUCCUCGGGGCCGCCGUCCGGGCUUACGACGCCAAUGAGUGAAACAAGGCGGCUUUCCGAGCCGUCUGUCUCGUGGGACCAAAAGAUGCCGUGGGAGUCAUGGACACCGGAUGGAUUCAACCGAGCACACGAUUUACCGCCAAUUCACUUUGGGGAUGGCCCUCCCUAUAGCGAAGAUGAAGACUUGCAGAGCCCUGUGGUUUCUACAAGACACCGGAAGCAUAAAUCAACCUCGGCAGCUCUCCAUACUGGCAGGGGGCGCACUGGUCGCGACCCUGACAGAGGCCAAUCUGCCAUGAUUAGCUCGAGCUAUGACGAUAGCCAGAGCUACUACCUGGGAGUUGGCGGAGACGGAAGCGAGCGAUACUAUGUGAGCCGUGGAGGCGAGGCGAAUGGGCCCGGCGGUGAACUUGUCACAUACCCCCCAGAUCAAGGACAUCAUGGUCAUGCAUACCAAUACUCGCAACGCCGUGAAAACGACAUGGAUGGGUACCAUUCGGAUUCCAGCCGCGCAUCAUCGCCGGGUGGCCCAGGAGUGGACCAAUCCCGCUACUCGCGUGACUACCAGUUCACCAUUACCUCUCCCGAUGAAGAGUUUCAUGGUAAGGCCGUGGCUCUCUUCGACUUUGAACGAGAGAACGAGAACGAGCUGCCAUUGGUGGAAGGCCAGAUCAUUUGGGUGUCUUACCGCCACGGACAGGGCUGGUUGGUGGCAGAAGAUCCAAAGACUCAGGAGAGUGGCUUGGUUCCAGAAGCAUACGUUCGAUUACUCCGAGAUAUCGAAGGAGGGAUGAACAGCCUGACCGGAGCCCUUGUCGAUGCAUCUGGAUCUCCCAACGAUGCGGGCACCCCAACCCAGACAGAGCAUGACAACAACUAUGGCCAUACUCCCACGCAGAGCACUUCGACCAACGGAUAUCACCAACCAGUUGUCUCCACUUUUUCGACUUCGAGCAAAGACCUCAACCCGUAUCCAACGGAACACACUCCUACAUUAACUCAACUUCAGGAGUCUGAGAGAAGAGCAAGCCAAGACGCAGGAAACAAAUCAGAAGAACCCUCAAUGACUGCGCAAGAAGAGCCGAGCGCAAAACCUACCAAUACAGACGCAUCUACCGAAGCGGCAGAGACAAGCUGAUGAAAAGAGCUUGUCAGAUAGCUUUACGAUGGGGUGGAAUCAUCUCUUGAGCCGGGAUAUCAAGCUGAUGUUUGUAUUUCGUGUAUUUUAAUGCGUGGAAGAGGAAUAAAAUAUAAGAGACAUGUUAGAUUUACUCAUGUUUGGAAGUGGAUAUACAACUAAUACCUUGGAAUCGUCAUUCCCAUCACCAGAGAACCCAGCACUAGCCUAGGCUCUCUCUUGAGAUGGUUCAAGACGAUGAAUAUAUAAAGGAGGUAUGGUGUAUUUUGGCUGGCUUCAGACUUGAAAGAGGAUACCGAAAGCUAUACUUGCUGCUCUCUUGAGACUAGCAAGAUUCCUUGUUCGCAUCACUAAGAUGCGAUUGCAGCAAAGGAGGGGAAAAAAAAGGAAGAGCGCUUUUGGAGCAAGCGCGAUGAUUGGAUGAUAAAACUCCUACGACUCUGGUGGGCUGGGCAUAGUUAUAUGUUUUGUUUUGUUUUGUUUCUGUCUUUUACUGUUUUGCUUGGGAUGUCGCUUCUAUGGUGGAUGGCAUUCCAUGACACACAUGAGUGGGAGCGGUUUACUAAGGGGGGGAAGAUGGAGUUGCUAGAUGUAAUAAAAUCAAAGUCUUAACCCAAGUGGCCAUCAUUUUUGGCUUUAUUUCUGUCUGUCUAUCUGUCUGUCUUGCUUUCUUCUGGACGUAAAAGAACCAAUGACCUCUUUGUUUCAGUUAAUGGCUGGCUAUCCAGUGGGUUCUUAUAGCGUCUUUUCGCCAAUCAAAUUGUAAUUUCCUUCCAUCAACGGGCGUUUCGAGGGAUAAGAUGUUUUCGAACAAUGCUCAGCCAUGGAGUUUCGCCAGGUGGAAGGAUAACGAUAACAGAGGAGGUUCUAUGAACAUAAGAUCGGGGCAUCUCGAUAGAGUCGAAUAUUAGACAUGCAUGAUGAAGGCAAAAAUAAUUAUUCGACUCUUGGUGUCAUGAAUCGAAAUGAAAGCGCCGCUUCGGCUAAGACUACCGUCAUUACGACCUCGUAGAAGCGCCGAGCCAUCAAUUCUCGUACAGUAAUUUGAAAAAAUAAAAAAAAAAAAAAAAAAAAACUACUUUGUCAUUCAGUGUGCAGGCUUUUUAGCGAAAUAGUUAUCAAGCUCGGGCUCGAAAAUACAGGGCGCAACUGGAUUUACGCGGCAUGAACGUAUGGCCGGGAAGACAUUUACAAGAGAAAGGAGCAUCAUUAGGAUAUAAUAGCCAGGUGA